AUGGCUGGUGCACCAGGCGUGCAAGCGUUUUGUAUUGCAGUAAGAUCUGGUUUGUUCAAGAAACAGAAGCUAAACAGCCGCAGCAGUACACAUGCGGAACUAAUCGGAGUAGAUGAUGCAAUCACACAAGUGUUGUGGACACGCAUGUUCAUGGAAGAACAAGGUUAUCCGAUUGAGAAGAAUAUCGUGUAUCAAGACAAUAUGAGCUCUAUUCUCCUCGAGAAGAACGGGAGAUCAAGUGCAGGGAAGAGAAGCCGCGCAUUGAACAUCCGUUAUUUCUUUGUCACUGAUCAGGUUGAGAAAGGAAAUCUUACGAUCAAACACAUGCGAACUGAUGACAUGUGGGGGGAUUAUAUGACGAAACCUUUGCAAGGGGAAAAGUUCCGCAAGUUUUGGGCAUUGAUCCAAGGGGAUCAGGAAGAUUAG